AUGGAUCUAAAAGCUUUUGUUACCGAGAAGAAAUAUCGACUUGAGAGGUAUUGUUCAAAGAGCAAGAAGUACUCUUGUGAGCCGGGGAAAUACUACUAUGGUCGUGGUUUGCUCCAAUCAAUCACAUGGAACGAGUAUUAUGGUGCGGCUGGCAAGCACCUCGGGCUACCUCUUUUGAAGGAUCCAUAUCUGGUGGCUCGUAGUCCGGAAGUGGCUUUCAAAUUCGCGAUGUGGUUCUAG